AUUCUGACUCAGAUUGUAGUUAUCAAACCAACACGUAAUAAUAAUUAAAAGUGACGUAGUUUGUUUAUAUAUUUCAAACGAAAAUGGAUUGUUGCAAACAAGGAGAAUCCCGUAAAAUUGUCAAACAAUGCAAGUUUACUAAGCAAGACGGGACUGAAGUAGAUUGCGAAUGCACUUGCACCUGCCUAUGUGAAAGUGACUGCCAAGGUUGUCCUGGCAGAAAUGGUUGUAAUUGCGACUGUUCUGUAAAAACUGCUGAACUAGGACCUGAUGGGAAAUAUCGUUGCAAAUGUGAAUGUACAUGCAGCAUACAGAAAAAGGAUUGUUGCAAGCAAGGAGAAUCCCGCAAAAUUGUCAAAAAAUGCAAGUUUACUAAGCAAGACGGGACUGAAGUAGAUUGUGAAUGCACUUGCACCUGCCUAUGUGAAAGUGACUGCCAAGGUUGUCCUGGCAAAAAUGGCUGUAAUUGCGACUGUUCUGAAAAAACUGCUGAACAAGGACCUGAUGGAAAAUAUCGUUGCAAAUGUGAAUGUACAUGCAGCUCACAGAAAAAGCAUUGUUGCAAGCAAGGGGAAUUGCGCAAAAUUGUCAAACAAUGCAAAUUUACUAAGCAAGACGGGACUGAAGUAGAUUGUGAAUGCACUUGCACCUGCCUAUGUGAAAGUGACUGCCAAGGUUGUCCUGGCAAAAAUGGCUGUAAUUGCGACUGUUCUGAAAAAACUGCUGAACUAGGACCUGAUGGAAAAUAUCGUUGCAAAUGUGAAUGUACAUGCAGCUCACAGAAAAAGGAUUGUUGCACGCAAGAAGAAUCCCACAAAAUUGUCAAACAAUGCAAGUUUACUAAGCAAGACGGGACUAAAGUAGAUUGCGAAUGCACUUGCACCUGCCUAUGUGAAAGUGACUGCCAAGGUUGUCCUGGCAAAAAUGGCUGUAAUUGCGACUGUUCUGAAAAAACUGCUGAACUAGGACCUGAUGAGAAAUAUCGUUGCAAAUGUGAAUGUAGAUGCAGCUCACAGAAAAAGGAUUGUUGCAAGCAAGGAGAAUCCCGCAAAAUUGUCAAACAAUGCAAGUUUACUAAGCAAGACGGGACUGAAGUAGAUUGCGAAUGCACUUGCACCUGCCUAUGUGAAAGUGACUGCCAAGGUUGUCCUGGCAAAAAUGGCUGUAAUUGCGACUGUUCUGAAAAAAACUGCUGAACUAGGACCUGAUGGAAAAUAUCGUUGCAAAUGUGAAUGUACAUGCAGCUCACAGAAAAACGAUUGUUGCAAGCAAGGAGAAUCCCGCAAAAUUGUCAAACAAUGCAAGUUUACUAAGCAAGACGGGACUGAAGUAGAUUGCGAAUGCACUUGCACCUGCCUAUGUGAAAGUGACUGCCAAGGUUGUCCUGGCAAAAAUGGCUGUAAUUGCGACUGUUCUGAAAAAACUGCUGAACUAGGACCUGAUGGGAAAUAUCGUUGCAAAUGUGAAUGUACAUGCAGCUCACAGAAAAAGGAUUGUUGCAAGCAAGGAGAAUCCCGCAAAAGUUGUCAAACAAUGCAAGUUUACUAAGCAAGACGGCACUGAAGUAGAUUGCGAAUGCAUUUGCACCUGCCUAUGUGAAAGUGACUGCCAGGGUUGUCCUGGCAAAAAUGGCUGUAAUUGCGACUGUUCUGAAAAAACUGCUGAACUAGGACCUGAUGGGAAAUAUCGAUGCAAAUGUGAAUGUACAUGCAGCUCUCAGAAAAAGGAUUGUUGCAAGCAAGGAGAAUCCCGCAAAAUUGUCAAACAAUGCAAGUUUACUAAGCAAGACUGCACUGAAGUAGAUUGCGAAUGCAUUUGCACCUGCCUAUGUGAAAGUGACUGCCAAGGUUGUCCUGGCAAAAAUGGCUGUAAUUGCGACUGUUCUGAAAAAAACUGCUGAACUAGGACAUGAUGGGAAAUAUCGUUGCAAAUGUGAAUGUACAUGCAGCUCACAGAAAAACGAUUGUUGCAAGCAAGGAGAAUCCCGCAAAAUUGUCAAACAAUGCAAGUUUACUAAGCAAGACGGGACUGAAGUAGAUUGCGAAUGCACUUGCACCUGCCUAUGUGAAAGUGACUGCCAAGGUUGUCCUGGCAAAAAUGGCUGUAAUUGCGACUGUUCUGAAAAAACUGCUGAACUAGGACCUGAUGGGAAAUAUCGUUGCAAAUGUGAAUGUACAUGCAGCUCACAGAAAAAGGAUUGUUGCAAGCAAGGAGAAUCCCGCAAAAUUGUCAAACAAUGCAAGUUUACUAAGCAAGACGGGACUGAAGUAGAUUGCGAAUGCACUUGCACCUGCCUAUGUGAAAGUGACUGCCAAGGUUGUCCUGGCAAAAAUGGCUGUAAUUGCGACUGUUCUGAAAAAACUGCUGAACUAGGACCUGAUGGAAAAUAUCGUUGCAAAUGUGAAUGUACAUGCAGCUCACAGAAAAACGAUUGUUGCAAGCAAGGAGAAUCCCGCAAAAUUGUCAAACAAUGCAAGUUUACUAAGCAAGACGGGACUGAAGUAGAUUGCGAAUGCACUUGCACCUGCCUAUGUGAAAGUGACUUCCAAGAUUGUCCUGGCAAAAAUGGCUGUAAUUGCGACUGUUCUGAAAAAAACUGCUGAACUAGGACCUGAUGGGAAAUAUCGUUGCAAAUGUGAAUGUACAUGUAGCCCACAGAAAAAGGAUUGUUGCAAGCAAGGAGAAUCCCGCAAAAUUGUCAAACAAUGCAAGUUUACUAAGCAAGACGGCUCUGAAGUAGAUUGCGAAUGCAUUUGCACCUGCCUAUGUGAAAGUGACUGCCAGGGUUGUCCUGGCAAAAAUGGCUGUAAUUGCGACUGUUCUGAAAAAACUGCUGAACUAGGACCUGAUGGGAAGUAUCGAUGCAAAUGUGAAUGUACAUGCAGCUCACAGAAAAAGGAUUGUUGCAAGCAAGGAAAAUCCCGCAAAAUUGUCAAACAAUGCAAGUUUACUAAGCAAGACGGCUCUGAAGUAGAUUGCGAAUGCAUUUGCACCUGCCUAUGUGAAAGUGACUGCCAAGGUUGUCCUGGCAAAAAUGGCUGUAAUUGCGACUGUUCUGAAAAAACUGCUGAACUAGGACCUGAUGGGAAGUAUCGAUGCAAAUGUGAAUGUACAUGCAGCUCACAGAAACAGGAUUGUUGCAAGCAAGAAGAAUCCCGCAAAAUUGUCAAACAAUGCAAGUUUACUAAGCAAGACGGGACUGAAGUAGAUUGCGAAUGCACUUGCACCUGCCUAUGUGAAAGUGACUGCCAAGGUUGUCCCGGCAAAAAUGGCUGUAAUUGCGACUGUUCUGAAAAAAACUGCUGUACUAGGACCUGAUGGGAAAUAUCGUUGCAAAUGUGAAUGUACAUGCAGCUCACAGAAAAAGGAUUGUUGCAAGCAAGGGGAAUUCCGCAAAAUUGUCAAACAAUGCAAGUUUACUAAGCAAGACGGGACUGAAGUAGAUUGUGAAUGCACUUGCACCUGCCUAUGUGAAAGUGACUGCCAAGGUUGUCCUGGCAAAAAUGGCUGUAAUUGCGACUGUUCUGAAAAAAAUGCUGAACUAGGACCUGAUGGAAAAUAUCGUUGCAAAUGUGAAUGUACAUGCAGCUUACAGAAAAAAGAUUGUUGCAAGCAAGGGGAAUUCCGCAAAAUUGUCAAACAAUGCAAGUUUACUAAGCAAGACGGCACUGAAGUAGAUUGCGAAUGCAUUUGCACCUGCGUGUGUGAAAGUGACUGCCAGGGUUGUCCUGGCAAAAAUGGCUGUAAUUGCGACUGUUCUGAAAAAAAUGCUGAACUAGGACCUGAUGGAAAAUAUCGUUGCACAUAUGAAUGUACAUGUUAGCUUCCAGCAAAAGGAUUGUUGCAAGCAAGGAGAAUCCCGCAAAAUUGUCAAACAAUGCAAGUUUAAUAAGAGAGACGGGAGUAGAAUAGAUUGCUUAUGCACUUACACAUGCCUAUGUGAAGGUUGUCCUGGAAAGAACGGCUGUAUUUGCAACUGCUCCGAAAAAACUGCCGAACUAAAGUAAAUUCAACUUCAAGCUACCGACGAUGGAAACAAAUGCACGCUGGAAACACGCGUUUGUUCAGGGCCGGACUAUUAAAUUAAAGCUGCAAUACAAAACCUUAUAUAAUUUGUAGACGUCUGACAGGUACAGAUUAUAGUACACCAAUUUUUUAAAUAUAAAAAUGAUUUACAAAGUCG